GGCAAGCCAGUAGUGAGAGCCACUCAGAGCUUGGAGAAUGGAGCGCCGCUGCUAGAAGUGGGGACAUCCAACGCAUGCUUAUUCGCGAGCCUAAUUCAAUAAAGCCCAUCGCACACGAGACGAAUCUGCAACCGGGCGGAGGCUGGAACUAAGAAAGUGUUUGGACACCUAAACUGAAUCAUACACCUGUGGUGGUAUAUUUGCCGGCAUAUUUCUGUUUUCAUCACUAGUGGAAUACGACUGGAUGAAACUGAUGGGUUGGCUGUGUGUUUGGGCACUUCCUGUCCUGCUUGGAACCUUUGCCUCUGUCUGCUGGCUGGCUGAAGGGAGCAGGAGCAUGGACACAGCAAACACAGCAGAGAACACCUCCCAGGGACCACAGACAAGGAAGAGUGGAGAAGCUGGCGGAGUUGCCGAUCCAUUCCACUCUGGGUCAAACGGAGGGCCAUGCAAGAGGACAAACUGUGGGAGGGGCCGCCAGUGUGUGCUGCUGGAGUCGACGGGCCGGGCAGAGUGUGUGUGCCAGGAGAAGUGUCGACCCACCUUUGUGCCGGUGUGCGGCUCCGAUGGAAGGUUCUACGAGAACCACUGUGAGGUGUACCGCACCGCCUGCCUGCAGAAGAGACGGAUCUACGUGGUGCACAGCAAGGACUGCUUCUUCAAAGGAGACACGUGCACCAUGGCAGAUUACAACAAGCUGAAGAGUAUGCUGCUGGAUAUGCAGCCUAAAGGCCUGAAUGGCGGGGGCAGGAGCAUUAAGAGAGACAUGGACCAGAAGAGAGCCCUGGUGGACACCAUGUUUAAGUACCUGGACAUGGACGGGGAUGGCCGUCUGUGCAGCGACGAGCUUGAACAGAUCUCUAUGAAGGAGCACCUAGAAGACAAUCUGCUGGAGUGCACCAUGCAGGACCUGCUCCGAUACGAUGAUUACAACAACGACGGACACCUCACUCUGCACGAGUUCUACACCGCUUUUCAGGUUGUUCAGCUGAGCCUGGCUGAGGACCAGAGAGUGAGUGUCUCCACGGUAACAGUGGGCCUCAGCACCGUGCUGUCUUGUGCCAUCCAGGGAACGCUGCGGCCACCAAUCAUCUGGAAGAGGAACGGGAUCAUACUCAACUUCCUGGACCUGGAGGACAUCAAUGACUUUGGUGAUGACGGCUCCCUCUACAUCACCAAGGUGACAACCAUUCAUAUGGGGAACUACAGCUGUCAUGCGUAUGGAUAUGAAGAGCUCUACCAGACCCAUGUACUGCAGGUGAAUGUUCCCCCAGUGAUCCUGGUCUACCCAGAGACGCAGGCACAGGAGCCUGGUGUGUCUGCCAGCCUGCACUGCCACGCCGACGGCAUCCCAGACCCUACGAUCCUGUGGCUGAAGAACGGCAUGGACCUGCAGCCUAGACCCUCCAAGCAGCUCUCCCUCAUCGCGAAUGGGAGCGAGCUCCACAUUGGCAGUGUACGCUAUGAGGACACAGGCGCAUACACCUGCAUUGCUAAGAACGAGGUGGGGGUGGACGAGGACAUAUCGUCUCUGUUUGUGGAGGACUCAGCCAGAAAGACACUUGCAAACAUACUGUGGCGGGAGGAAGGGUUGAGCGUAGGGAACAUGUUCUAUGUGUUUUCUGAUGAGGGCAUCACGGUGCUGCAGCCCAGCGAGUGUGAGAUACGCAGACACAUCAAGUGCACUGAGAGGAUCAUGGCCAGCUAUGAGGAGAUGUGCCCUAAAAGUGAAGGUGUGUCUCCGGAACACUGUGUGUGGUCCUCAGCGGUCAGUGUGAGGGAUAAGUACAUCUAUGUCACCCAGCCCCUUCAGAAACGCCUGCUCGUCAUCGACACCCAGGCCCAGAAUGUGGUGCAGACGGUAGAGACAGAUCCUUUCCCAGUGAAGCUGCUCUAUGACAAGUCACAUGACCAGGUCUGGGUGCUAAGCUGGGGCAGCAUGCAGAAGUCCCACCCAACCUUAAAGGUGAUUCCCCAGGCCAGUGUUGGAGAGGUGCACCACACCAUCCGUACCCCCUUCCAGAGGGUUGAUGACUUCUUCAUCCCUCCAACCAACCUCAUUAUCACACACGUCAGGUUUGGCUUCGUCUUCCUCAAAUCUGAACCUGCGGUGCAUAAGAUUGACUUGGAGACCUUCCACCGAGUCAAAACCAUCAGCCUGAAGAACUACAGCUGUGUGCCCGUCAGCAUGGCCUACACACACCUGAGUGGCUUUUACUUCAUUCAGUGCCAGUCUCAGAGCAGGGACCCCUCGUCAGCCCAGCCACAGCUCCUCAUCGACAGUGUCACCGACACGGUCAUUGGGCCCAACCUCAACAUCACGGGCCAGCCCUAUGUGUCCCCGGACGGCCGCUACAUCAUCACCCCUGACCAGCAGCGCGGCAAGGUCAGAGUUCAGACAGUGUCCUUCCAGGGGGUGCUGGGUCUGAGCCGGGAGCUGGACACCUCUCUCCUUGUGUCCGACCUGAUCUUCCAGCCCUCCUUCACUAAGUCCAACCAGUACACUGUGGUAGCUGCCUCAGGCUCAGGCACAGACCUGCUCUUCUCUGACCUGGCGACAGGGCACAUUGAGGUCCUCAGAAGCCUCAAGGAGCCCCUGUCACACCACACCUGGCCCUGGGGGGGGCCCAACAGGGUGGUGGUGUCCAGCGGACUGUUUGGCCAGUACUUGGUCACUCCCUCAGCGGAAUCCCUCUUUGUGUUGAACGGCAAACUGAACAUGCCCCACUGUGAGGUGUCAGACAUCAAGAGAGGGAACACAGUGGUGUGGGUGGGAGAGGUAUGAGAGAGUGGGAAGAAGGGGAAAGGGAGAGAAAGAGAGGGAGAGAUCAGGCCAAAACACUUAAGAUAUAUAUGGACAUAAGUGGACUCAACCCUGGGACUGAGCGCGAGGAACACGCCUGGAUUAUUGUAACAAAAGUACACAAAAAAUAGUAAUUGAAAAAAAUAUUUAGAAAAUCGUAUUAUGGUAUUUUUACGGGGAGAUGGUGGGUGGUGAGUUCCUUUAGUGCAACUGUGAUCUAUGUGUACUUAACUAAGAGGAGUUGUACAUUGCACUUCCUUGUAACACUGCAGAUAACAGGAGGGAUAUAAUGAGGACAUUUUGAAAAUUUAACUAUGCACAACGCUCACUUUUUUAGACUAACGCUUUUUGGUUUCGAGAUGUUUGUCGUUCACCAGUUCUGCAAAUAGUCCCAACAAGACGUCUGUCUGCCUCUAGUGUAUACAUGUGUUUGCGGUCCUUUUCAAAACCACAGCACCCUGUUACUCGCCUUUGUCCUUGUCCAUGUUAUUGUACGCUUUCUGUAAAAGCUCUCAUGCUGACUAACACAUACAGGUUGGCUUGAAACAUGUUGCACCGUAUUAGUCAUGACCUGUUACUUUCCAAAGAGAAUACUUUUCCAUCCCUUAGCUAAGAACAGUAUCUAAUAGCAUACAGUAGAAAACCCAUCAGUGGAUAACAUGUUAUUGUACAAAGAAUAUAUAUGGUAUAGUAUGUCCCCCACCCUCUCUCACACAGUAAGCCUACUUCCAGUUUUGAUCCAGUGACCUCCUAGUCCUCUGUCCACUAAGUCUAGCAUUGUAAGGGUCUUGUUCAUCAGCAUGGAGGUAUUGUAAGUCCUGUGUAUCCAGUUUCCCUAUAGCUUAGUUUCCAUUCUUCAACUGCUCGACAACUGAAAUACAGCUUUCCCUCAUAAGGAGUAGCUGUGCCUGUUACCCUAAUGUUGGCUAGUACUGUAUGUGACGAGCAAGUAAUAGCAAAACAAGACUGUAAAAAAAAGACACAAACCAAGAUUAACAGAUGUGUUGCUUAUGUUUGCGAUUUAGAUAUGUGUUGCUACGGUAACUGCCUUUGCUCAAUCUGACACAGAAGCAAAGGCUUGAUGACAUUUCUUAGAACACUGUUGUAUUGAGAGAGAAAUAUGUGUGUAUUCCAGGAGUGAGGCAGAGAUGUGUAAUAUAAAUAUUCAAAAAGACCAAUUUGAAGCCCAAUUAUUUUGCGGUCAUGGAAAAAUAACAUUUCAGUAAUUGCCAUCAAAAAGCAUCAGGCACCCAGACCAAAGUACUUAUUGUGCCACCAUUACAGAGUAACUUCAGAAUAAUUCAUAUGAGUCACCACCAAAGGCAUCAUCAGAACUGAGUGUUCCAUAUGCAUGUACUGAGAGUUGAGGCUCAUCUCACUAAUAUUGUUUAAGAGCAUUUCGGCUGGGAUUCAAUCAAAGGCGCGUUAUCAACAAGGUAAUUUCUGCUUGUCGACAAGGUAAUUUCUGCAUCAUUUACAGUGAAUGCAAUAUCCCCAAUCGUCAGGAAAAUUGCCUUUAAAAGGUACAUUGCUGCUUGUGCAAUGUGCUUAUCAUCAAUGCGCCUCUGAUUGAAUCCCGGCCUUCAAGUACACAGGAUCACAAACAGUACAGUUGCUGGUGAAAAUGUCACAUAUAUUACAUACCUGGUCUCUAACCAAGACCAUGGCUGCAAACCUGAACCUCUUGGUAUGAUAAUGACAUUAGAGACACUGUUGUAGAUAUAAAUUGUUCUUGUUUAGAACACAUUCAAACAAGUCCAGUUUUCUUUAUGCAUUUGGUGUGUUCUUGUUUAUGAGGGAAAUGGUUUGUAAAAUAAUAUCUAAUAAAAUGACCAAAAAAAAACGUG